ACCAACACUCCACAGCUCAACACCACAACACCGAGUAUCAUCAAGUCCAUCAUCAACAAUGGCCCGUACCAAGCAGACAGCCCGUAAGUCACUACCUACCUACCUACCAUGUGUCUGCCUGCGCAUCGCACUGUAGCCGUCGCAUCGGCGCUGCAGCCGCCCUCCCGCCCGGUGCAGGUGUCGCAGUCGCUCGGCUCGCCACCUUCACGCAAGUCCACUGGUGGCAAGGCCCCUCGUAAGCAGCUUGCUUCCAAGGCCGCUCGCAAGUCCGCCCCGUCUACCGGUGGUGUCAAGAAGCCUCACCGCUACAAGCCCGGAACCGUCGCUCUCCGUGAGAUCCGUCGCUACCAGAAGUCCACUGAGCUUCUCAUCCGCAAGCUGCCCUUCCAGCGUCUUGUUCGUGAGAUCGCUCAGGACUUCAAGUCGGACCUCCGCUUCCAGUCUUCCGCCAUCGGCGCUCUCCAGGAGUCCGUCGAGGCCUACCUCGUCUCCCUCUUCGAGGACACCAACCUUUGCGCCAUCCACGCCAAGCGCGUCACCAUCCAGUCCAAGGAUAUCCAGCUUGCGCGCCGCCUUCGUGGCGAGCGUGGCUAG